AUGCAACUGAAAUCUGGAUCUCCCAAUUAUAUUAAUAAUAUUACAUUCUCGAACUACAAGAACCACACUACAGGAAAGAUAUGUUUGUGGACCCAUCCUCCUGGUUUUUUACUCAAAUGUACCGAUGCAUUUUCUGGCAGCAUUAGUGAUGCUGACAUAACAGAGCAAUCAUGUGUGCUAGAUACAGUCACAAAAGGGAAGACAGUUAUGACUGACAAGGGCUUUAAUAUCACAGAUAUUUGUCAUGAGAAAGGCCUUUUACAGAAUAGACCUCCAAUGAAAUUUUCUCAUCAAUUUGAUGAGACUGAGGUAGUAAAGAACUUUGACAUUGCAACAUUGAGGAUCUACAUUGAAAACUACAUAAGAAGAAUCAGAGAUUGGCAAAUUCUAAGCAAAACUUGGCCAAGCUUAAGAAUUGAUUUACUUGGUUGCUGUUUCCAAAUAUUUGCACAUAUUGUUAAUACGUUAAAAAAACCAGUUGGACCAAAAUAA